UACGCUGGUUAAAUUCGUGUUUAACUCGUGCACGCGCGAAUCCAUUUUCCAUUCGAUUCACAGGAAUUAUCCAGACUCGACCCCUAAAGCUUCGGAGCGAUUCGACUCUUCAUGCCCUAAUGCGUGGAAUUUGAGAGUCGACUCUUUUCUAUAGACCUAACUGUAUAUAUAAUACGAGCGUUUACUACCUCCAUAAACUUCUGUUUAGGCAUGAACAAUGAUUGUAACGCAAAUUAAGAAUCGACUCAUAUGGAAUGAAGCAUGUCGACUCUUUAGUUAAAAUGCGAAGAGUCGGAGAACCGAAUCUUUCUGGGGAAUCGAAUCCCCAGCCUUACGUUUCAUUACGAACGAACGCACGCGCACACGCGAACACACACACGGGAGCUGUUCGUCAUGAUAAUAAGACCCUGAAACGAAACCGGCACCAUUCUAAUCGCUUGUGUUCCGGGUGAUGACCCAGGGCAGGCGCGCGCACUGUCUUCCGGCGGUGAUGUAAGGUGAGCGGCGCGCGCAGAGCCGGUUCCUGAGCAAAGCAGAAGAGAGAUAGAGAUAGAGAGAGAAAGAUGGCGGAGGGGGAUCUCUCCCCGGUGCUGCCGCGGUGCCGCUCCGGUUCCGACUCGGAGGGCGAGCUGUGGCUCAGUCUGGCGCGUGCUAAGACACGAUCGUACGGUAGCACGGCCAGCGUGACGGCGACGCUCGGGGAACGCUACAUCGAGCACCGGGUGACGGACGGAGACACGCUGCAGGGCAUCGCGCUCAAGUACGGGGUCACGAUGGAGCAGAUCAAGCGAGCGAACAAGCUCUUCAGUAACGACUGCAUUUUCCUGCGUCACAGCCUGAACAUCCCGGUGCACACGGAGCGGCCGUCUCUGUUUAACGGACUUUCUCUGGAGUCUCCGGAUGGAGAGGACUCUGCCAUUCAGGAGUCUCCUCGUGUCUCCUACUUGCCCUCCCCUUCGCCGCCUCCUCCUCAGGCCCCCCCAGAGUCGACCCCACGGCCCCCCCAACCGGACGAGCUCUCGGCUAAAGACUAUUUACACAUGCUGGACUUGCAGAUCACUCGCUCCAAACAGGCUGCCAGGAAACUGAAAGAGGACGAGACGAGGGAGGAUGAAGAUCAGACAACGAGGCAUCAUCGUAUCAAGAGAUAUAGCACACGUCUGAUCACGCUUAUCGACAGCUGAGAUGAUGGUAUCCAUCCCUCCAUCCUUUCAUCCCUCCAUCCUUUCAUCCCUCGCUCUGUUUUAUUUUAAAUCUUGCUUUUAUCAGUCCGUGAAAAAAGGACUUGACACCUUCACUGCCUUUCACUAAUUAUUAUUAUUAUUAUUAUUGUUGUUGUUGUUGUUUACACUUCAGCUGUCUGUGUGGCAUUAUGGGAUAAAUGUAGCCAGAAUCAUUGCUUUAGCUUUAAAAUGAACCAAACUACCAUUUUCUCAUGCACUUCAUUUUAAAAGCUGCUGUACAGAAACUCAGAUGCAAUCAGAUCACCAGGUCAUCAGAUGCAGUUUUCCAAAAUCUCUUUUCAUAUCUGACGCGUGUUUACGUUGCUGUUCUCUCAGUAAGACUAUAGGGACCUGCGGGUGUGUGUUUGAGGAUGUGUCUGUGUGUGUGUGUGUGUGUGUGCGCGCGAGUGCGUCUCUGUGUGUGCAAGUGAGUGUGUGUCGCUGCACGAGUGUCUGUGCGAGUGUGAUUACGAGUGCGUCUGCACAAGGGCAAGUGCGUGAGUGGGAGUGCGUCUGUGUGAGUACGAGUGUGUGUUCACGUGGCUGUGUGUGUCUGUGCAAGUUCAUCUGUGUGUGUGUGUGUGUGUAGAUGAGGCUGCUUGCUGUCUUUUAAUGAGUUUUGAUUUGAUCUGUACAGACCUGUAUGCAGUGUGAAUGUGAAGUUAAUCCAUGUUAUUGUGUGCUUUUGGAUUUUAAAAAGAAAUCCUAAUAAAAACGUAUCAGCACAUCA